AUGAGAUCCUUCUUGUUAUUAUCCACGGCAUUCCUGAUUGGAGUAUGUUAUUGUGCUCCUUCAAAUUCGAAAGGAAAUGGUGGCAACGCUACGCAGAAUUCUAGAGAAGCCAAUUCUACUUCUCAAGUUCAACAGGCAGCUCAACCAAUUCCACAAGAGAAACAGACUGUUCCAGACACAAAUUCUGGAGUUCCUAAACCUGUUCUACAACAUAAUCACUUUACCAAAGAACUCGCAGUUCCAAUUACCCUAGAUUUGGCUGAGGUGAAUACAAAUUCUGUUGAUGUUCCAGAUACUACUACGAAGGAUGGCAUAAAUACAACCUACUACUACCCAAAGGGAAAGUUUUAUUUUGAAAAGAUAGUGGAUGGAACCAGGACAGUAUGGGAGUCUACUAAAGAGAAAUGUUCUCCAGCGUACACUAUCUCAAAGGGUGAUAUAACAUUUCUUGCUCUCUUGCUAAAGAAGUCUGAUGAUGAGACCGAUUUAAUAUACUACGAAAAGAAGAAUCUAGGGUGGAAGCUUGUCGAGAAGACAAAGAGUGAAAAUAUAAUAGAGGAACUAAAGAGGCAGCCUGAGCAACCAGCUGUAAAAACCAUCGACUUGGAUCUUUCAGAUGUUGACUCUAUAACAUUCUCUGUAGAAGAAUCUGAGGAGGAUAAGGUUCCUAUCAAAAAAUAUGCCGUUAAAACUGAUCAUCACCUGAAUGAAAUAAAUAAUGGAGAUUCUGAACUUUGGAAAUCCGAUUCUCCGAACAAACACUGUACACUUGCUACGGUAUACUUUGAGGAAGAGAAUCCCAUGCUAGCAUCUUUAUCACUCAACCAAGGAUUUGUUUAUUUACAAAAUAAAGACGGUAAAUGGGUUGGUGUUUCUAAGGAUGGCUAUGAUGCUGCUCUAACUAAUAUGAAGGCACGAGCUUCCUUACCCAAAAUUGAGAAUGUUGAACUCGAUGUUACUGACAUGAGUGAGGAAGAACCUGUUGAAGAGAUACCUCUAAAUACUGCUACUCCAACGGAAGGCCAUCAUAGUUCUGUUAUGGAAGACGGAGUUGAAGUUUGGAAAGGUACACAUACUGAGCAGGAAGGACAAGCAGAUACUGUGAGAGCUGAUACACCUUCAAAUUCUAGCUCUCUUGAUCUUUCCAAGGAGCCUAACGAGGAUUUAUUCACUUUCAGGGAAACUAUAGAUAAUGAUGUAAAGUAUUCUAAGUACAAGUUAAAGAAUAGAGAAGACAAGGUUACGACAAUUAUCCACGACGAAAAUGUGCUAUGGAAGGCGAAAACUAAUGAAUCUCUAUAA